GAUUGAAGAUUCGCGAGCUAUAGAAUCUCACAGAUCAAAUUCGAAUCGCGAUCAUGUCGUGCUUAGCCUUAGCUCUUCAACCGGUUAACGGAUCUGACAUUCUACUCCAAACCAGAGAAUGGUUCCCGCCGGCGAGAGCCCUAAUCGCUCUCUCCUACUUCCGCCAAACGCGUCAAGCCUUCUCCUCCUCAAAGCAGCAACAACCUCCUUCCAAUCGCAAACACACUCAACCUUCCUCCUCAUCCUCCUCCUCCGCCGCAGAUCCCGACGACGCAGCCGCCGCGGAAUUCGUAGGCGACGAUCCCCUCGCUGCUUCCAACGGACAAGUAAUCGUCGGCGUGGAGAGCAAGUACCGCGUCGUCUACCGACUCGUGAACUCGAUCUACAUCCUCGGCGUAACCGUCGCGGAUCACGACAACUCGAUCAACGUCUUCGAGUGUAUCCACAUCGUGAACCAGGCCGUUAGCGUUAUCGUAACCGCCUGCCGUGGAGUCGAGGUGACUCCCGAGAAGCUUGGGAGGAAGUACGCUGAGGUUUACAUGGCGCUUGACAUUGUCUUGCGUGGGGUUAGUAACAUUCGUCUUGCAGCGAUGCUUGGCGCUAUGCACGGAGAUGGAAUCGCGAAGAUGGUUCAUUCGGCUUUGGAUACGGAGAAUAAGAUCAGAGGAGCUGAUAGCUGGAUGGCGGUGGAGUCUCACGCCGCGGAGCAUCAAGCUGCUGUGAACGCGUUCUCAAACGCGAGAUUCGAGUUGCCGGCGGAGACUAUCGCUGCUGGUGAUGAAAUGGCUGCGAGCUUGGCUCCUGUGGUGCAAGAAACAGAGCAGGUGAAGGAAGAGCCGGAGGUGGAGAAUAAAGAUCCUUUCGCGGCGAGUGAGGAGAUCAAUAAGGAGAAAGAACUUGUAGGCGGGUUCAAGAAGACGAAGGAUCCUUCCUCGCAGGAUCUGACUCUGGCUUUGGCGGGACUUGAGGUGACUACAUUGCCUCCAGCGGAAGCAACGCAGUCUACACACAUCAAUGUGGAAGGGUUCGAAGGGGAGUACGGUGGGAUUGCGUUCAGCAACGAGCAGGCGACGAUUGGAGAGACUUUUGAAUCGUUUAGUGAUGCUUGGGGAGGUGGGUUGGAUCCUUCGGAGUUUAUGGGACCAAAGAAGAUUCAAAAGAAGGAAGGACUCGGCGGGCUUGAGCUCUUGCACACCAGUGAUCCCAAGGCAGUGGAGGGCAAAGAUGGAGGUAAUGUCGAUAACCUUGUUAAGAAGCCUGAGAUGAAAGGUCCUGAAAUGUAUAUCUCUGAGGAAAUUAGAACCGAGUUUAGAGAAUCAUUGCUUGCUAGAGUAGGACUAAUGGGUGUCAUCUACUUAAAAACAAUGCCGCCUAAAGGCUCUGGUGAAGAGAAAGAAACCGAGUUCUCGUUCCGUGUUGAAGGUACUACUCCUGUUAAGAGAUUCUCUAUGCAGAGUUCUCGGAUAAGUAGCUUAGGGAACGGUUUGUUUCACGUGAGAACCGCUCCGUCAGAGGAACCAAUCCCUAUCUUGAAGUAUAGUUUGCAACCUAAGCUAACACCUUUGCCUCUUAGAGUCCGAAUGGUGAAACGUGUCAGUGGGACUUUACUCUCGCUGAUGAUACAAUACGUAUCAAGCCCGGACCUACCUCAGCCUCUGAAAGACGUCGACUUUAUUCUGAAACUCCCUGUUGAUCCCACGUUGCUUAAGGUUUCUCCGAAGGCGAUACUGAACAGAACUGAUCGAGAACUGAAAUGGCAAGUCCCUGAGAUUCCUCUCAAUGGAAGUCCCGGGAGGCUAAGAGCGCGGAUGCCUUUAGACUCAGAUAACAGCGAGGAAGAACCGGAGAUCAUCUGCUAUGUGAAGUUCUCUGUUCAGGGAAAGAGUUCUUUGUCUGGUAUCAGUUUACGCCCAGCUGCUGAGGGGAAUAUGGAUUUCUAUGAGGUAGAUCACAAGUUCGAAACCGGAGUCUACAUGUGCAAUUGAUAAAGUUUCUUUUAAGAGAGUUUCAUUUGUUUAUAAUUUUUUUCAAAUGUUAUAAUGAGUUUGGCCGUUGUUGGGAGUUAAUUCUGUUUUUUUUUCAUGUAAGGUUUUGUGUACUUGUGUAUCUUGACAUCUACUCAUUGUUAUGUUAUCUGUUUUUAUCACAUUUUUU